AUACCAUAGAGCCAGAGCCCUUCUUUGCCCUUGUCAUGUCUUACCUCAUACAGUCUGUUAAUCCCUUUUUCCUCUCAUGCUUAGGUAGGUGGGAGGUCCUUUCUUGGUUGGUCAACUGGGCUUGAUUGAUUCCCUGGUGAUUACACACACACACCCACACACAUAUAUAUAUAUAUAUGGAGUCUGGUUUAGUGCUCAGGCAACUUGUUGGAGUGAACUCUUGAGAGGUGGGAAGAGAAGAAAGGAGUCAGAAAGAUGGCGGGAGGGUCUUUAGGUCCGACCGGCGUGACGAAGGAGAGAGCGGAGCAGUACCAAGGGAAGCUUACCGGUUAUGUUGUCGUAACAUGCCUCAUCGGUGCAGUCGGCGGUUCUAUCUUCGGCUAUGACAUUGGAAUUUCUGGAGGAGUAACCUCAAUGGAUGGAUUUCUUCGGAAAUUCUUCCCUGAAGUUUACAGAAACAAGCUGCAUGCACAUGAAAACAACUACUGCAAGUACAACAACCAAGUCCUUGCCUCGUUUACAUCUUCUCUUUACCUCGCUGGGUUGGUUUCCUCUCUGGUCGCCUCUCCCAUCACAAGAAACUAUGGACGUCGAGCAAGUAUUAUCUGUGGCGGAUUCAGCUUUCUUGUUGGAGCAACUUUAAAUGCUGCAGCUGAAAAUCUCACAAUGCUUCUCUUCGGUCGGAUUAUGCUUGGCGUUGGCAUUGGCUUUGGAAAUCAGGCUGUUCCACUAUAUUUGUCAGAGAUGGCACCUGCCCAUCUUCGAGGAGCAUUGAACAUGAUGUUUCAGUUGGCUACGACUCUGGGCAUAUUCACCGCGAACAUGAUAAACUACGGAACCGAGAAGCUCAGGCCUUGGGGAUGGAGGCUCUCUCUAGGCCUGGCUGCAGUGCCAGCUCUGGUGAUGACAGUGGGAGGACUAUUCCUACCAGAGACACCCAACAGCCUGGUCGAACGUGGAAAUAACGAGGAAGGAAGACGAGUCCUAGAAAAGAUUAGAGGGACCGAGAACGUCAAUGCAGAGUUUCAGGACAUUGUUGAUGCCAGUGAAUUAGCAAAUGCGAUCAAGCAUCCAUUCCGAAAUAUUCUCAAGAAAAGAAACAGGCCUCAGUUAGUUAUGGCUAUUUUCAUGCCCGCUUUCCAAAUCCUCACGGGCAUAAAUUCAAUUCUUUUCUAUGCUCCGGUGCUGUUUCAGAGUAUGGGGUUCCGAGGAAGCGCCCCCCUUUACUCCUCAGCUUUGACAGGAGCAGUGCUCGCUUCAUCCACGUUCAUUUCCAUUGCUACGGUUGACAAAUGGGGUCGAAGAGCUCUACUUAUUAGCGGAGGAAUUCAGAUGGUUGUAUGCCAGUGCAUAGUGGCAGUGAUAUUGGGAGUCAAGUUCGGCAACAACCAAGAGCUAUCAAAGGGCUUCUCCAUACUGGUCGUGACCGUGAUCUGCUUGUUCGUGGUGGCUUUUGGGUGGUCAUGGGGCCCUCUUGGCUGGACUGUCCCGAGUGAGAUAUUCCCCCUAGAGACCCGAUCAGCUGGGCAGAGCAUAACCGUGGCCGUGAACCUUCUGUUCACCUUCAUAAUCGGGCAGUCUUUUCUUUCCCUCCUCUGCACAUUCAAGUUCGGGAUCUUCCUCUUCUUUGCCGGCUGGAUCACGAUCAUGACCAUCUUCGUCUAUGUGUUCCUACCUGAAACCAAGGGAGUCCCGAUAGAAGAGAUGAUAUUCAUGUGGAGAAAGCACUGGUUCUGGAAGAGGACAGUGCCUGCUCAUCCGGAACUUGAUGAAAGUAAUGGCAGAGAAAGCAACUCCACAGAGAUGGGUGCGAGGUGAUCGUAUGUUACACUAAACUUGCCCGUGCUUGCUUUUUCAAGAGAAACUGUGGCCAAAUUAGGAUUGUAUGUUACAGAAACCAGUCGACUGCCACAAAGAUUUAAGAACAUGUUAUGUUUGUUACUUUUUGCUUUUGGUUGGUGUGACUCUGGGUAUGUUGGAGGUCUAAUGUUUGUGAAUCACAAUGUCACCAAAGUAAUGGCUGUUUCAGUAUAAGUUCGAA